UCAAAAACAACCAACUAGAAUCCAGUUCCUACUAUCCUUCCACUAAAUCCGAUGCCAUGAUUCUCAUUCUAUUCAACCAAUACUCUUCCUAAAUAGACGAGGUUUUUAGUUUUUAAAUUCAGAUAAGAGGAAGAAAAGAGAUAUUAUCCUUAAGGUUGUGUUUUUAGUUUUUGAUAAUUUAUUGUCAAUAUACAAAAAGAAAUUGGAAAAUGGAAGGGGGUGUUACAAAACCAAAUAAAACCGAGUUUUCAGAAUGUUUUAAGAUCAUUUGGGGUAAACCUUAUAUAAUGCUGCUUGCUCUUUCUGCUGGAAUUGGAGGGCUCUUAUUUGGUUAUGAUACAGGGGUAAUUUCGGGUGCCUCUCUAUAUAUCCGAGAUGAUUUUCAAGAAGUUGAAAGGCAUACGUGGUUGCAAGAAACGAUUGUUAGCACAGCUGUAGCUGGAGCUAUCAUUGGUGCAGCAUUCGGUGGAUGGAUGAACGAUAGAUUCGGGAGAAAAAAGUCAAUAAUGUGUGCUGACUUUUUAUUCAUGAUUGGUUCAAUAGUCAUGGCUCUAGCUCCAAACCCAUGGGUCAUAAUCACGGGUCGACUUUUUGUUGGUUUGGGUGUUGGAAUAGUCUCCAUGACAUCACCAUUAUACAUCUCUGAAGCUUCUCCUGCUAGAAUCAGAGGUGCGCUUGUUAGCACUAAUGGCUUACUCCUUACAGGAGGACAGUUCUUAUCCUACCUCAUCAAUUUAGCUUUCGCUAAGACACGUGGAAACUGGCGUUGGAUGCUUGGGAUAGCUGGAGUUCCACCUUUGGUGCAGUUUAUCUUGAUGUGUUUUCUCCCUGAGUCCCCGAGAUGGUUGUAUGGCCAGAAUAGGAUAAAAGAGGCAACAGAAAUCCUUGAAAAGAUUUAUCCGGCUAACGAAGUAGAACAAGAACUAAAAUCGUUACAAUUAUCCAUCGAAACCCAAAAAGAAGAUGAAAGAUCAACAGGAGAUGGGCCUUUUUCAAAGAUAAAAAGUGCAUUUGGUAAUAAAAUUGUCCGAAGGGGAUUAUACGCCGGAAUCACAGUUCAAGUCGCCCAACAAUUCGUGGGAAUCAACACCGUAAUGUAUUACAGUCCAACGAUUGUUCAACUUGCAGGAUUCGCCUCCAAUAGAACAGCUUUAGCACUUUCGCUCAUUACCACGGGGCUCAAUUCCAUUGGCACGGUUUUAAGUAUGUUGUUUGUUGAUAGGUUUGGGAGAAGGAGGUUGAUGAUUGUUUCAAUGAUUGGAAUCAUUGUUUGCCUUGUUGUUUUAUCGAUUAUGUUCUUUCAAGCUUCGAUUCAUGCUCCGAUUGUUAGUGUGAUCGAAUCGAAUCAUUUUGGGGUUAAUUCCACAUGUUUGGAUUUCAAAAUGGCAUCGAGUCCUGCGUCUUGGAACUGCAUGACUUGCUUGAGAGCUUCCUCUGAUUGCGCCUUUUGUGCCAACGGACAAAAUAUUUACAAUGCAGGGGCAUGUUUGGUUGCAGACACUGUCACACGAUCCACAUGCCGAGCACAACAUCGUACAUGGUACACUUACGGUUGCCCAAGUAAGUUUGGCAUUUUGACGGUUUUAGUCCUCGGAUUAUACAUUCUAUGCUAUGCUCCAGGUAUGGGGACUGUGCCUUGGAUUGUAAAUUCCGAGAUAUACCCUUUACGUUACCGAGGCACUGGCGGAGGGAUUGCGGCGGUUUCGAAUUGGGUUUCAAACUUAAUUGUCAGUGAAACAUUCCUAACCCUGACAGAAGCAUUAGGGUCUGCGGGAACGUUUCUUUUGUUUGCAGCCUUUUCGUCUGUGGGACUUGUGGCAAUAUUUUUACUUGUCCCGGAGACGAAAGGGUUGCAGUUUGAAGAGGUGGAGAAGAUGUUGGAAAAAGGGUAUCGACCGACGUUAUGUUGUAGCAAAGAUGAGGAGAUUAAAUCAGCUUCUUAGGUUUUAGUUUAAGUAGGGAUUUGAAAUGGUUUUUGUGUUUUAUCUAAGCUUAGUUACGUGAGUUUGGAAGGUUUUUUUCUUGUCUUUUAUUGGUGAAAACUAGUUGUGAGACCAUGUAUUACAUGAGUUAAUUUUAAAAAAAAAGUUAAAUAUAAA